AGAAAAAUAUUAUUCAUUUCAACUUCAUACCGUUUUUGGACCGAUGUGAUAUAUAUAUUCGCAAUUCUAACAAAUUGGACAAUGUGGUUCUCUUUUUCAUCACAUAUUCCACACAAACCAAACCAUGAACCCUAAUCAUCAUAAACCAAUCCUACUCAUAUUCUUCACUCUUCUUCUCCAACUUCCAAACCCUAUCAAUGCAUCACCAUCCCCACCCAUAACGGCUCUUUACGCCUUCGGCGACUCCACGGUUGAUUCCGGCAACAACAACUACAUCCCAACUCUUUUUCAAAGCAACCAUCCACCUUACGGCAGAUCUUUCCCGGCUAAACUCUCCACCGGAAGAUUCUCAGAUGGAAAACUCGCCACCGACUUCAUAGCCUCCUCUCUAGGUCUCAAACCCACUUUACCAGCUUACCUCAACCCGUCAGUCAAACCCGUUGACCUUUUGACCGGCGUUAGUUUUGCCUCGGCCGGAGGUGGUUUAGAUGACCGGACGGCAAUGAUGUCGUUGACUUUGACCAUGGACAAGCAAUGGAGUUACUUUGAGGAGGCAGUACGUAAGAUGAAGAGUGUGGUUGGAGAUUUGGAGGCUAAUCGGGUGAUUAAGAAUGCUUUGUUUGUGAUUAGUGCGGGGACUAAUGAUAUGAUCUAUAAUGUUUAUGAUCAUGUUCUUGGGAGGUUUAUCUCCGUUUCGGAUUAUCAAGAUUAUCUACUCAGCAAAGUCGAAGCGUUUAUCCAGAGACUACACGACGCAGGAGCACGAAGGAUUACAGUAGCUGGACUACCACCAAUAGGAUGCCUUCCAGUGCAAGUAACACUUGGUACCAUUACUAUCCCUCGCAUCUUCCAUCAUCGGAUCUGCACGGAAAAUCAAAACGCUGAUUCUCAGCUAUACAAUCAAAAGCUACAGAAGCUAAACUUCCGUCUAAGUCAAAGGCUUCCAGGCUCCAAAGUUCUUUACCUUGACAUCUACACUCCAUUAAUAGACAUGAUCAAACAUCCUCAUAGAUAUGGACUGGAAGAAACAUUGGUAGGAUGUUGUGGGACGGGGCUGCUUGAGGCAGGACCUCUAUGCAAGCCAUUGUCUCGGACUUGCGAGGAUGUUUCAAAGUACAUGUUCUUUGAUUCUGUGCAUCCAUCACAGAAGGCUUACUCUGUCAUAGCUACUUACGCCUUUAAAAAGUUGUUUCCUCUUCUCUAAUUUAUUUAUUUUUCUCAUUUGCGGGUUUACUGUUGUAAUUAAAUGGACAUCAUCAAACACCGUCUCCACAUCAUUCUUAUCCA